CAAAAUCCAGAUCUUCACGGCGCCAAUAGCCCCUUGAGCGCGUGGCACUCAACUCCCUCCUAUAUCCUCCUCCUUUCUGGUUUUUAACAUUUUAUAGUCGAAGUUAAUGCACGAAAGUAGUUAAAAAUUACGAACACUGAAACACAGCGUUUUUCAUUACCGUCCACCGCGUGAUCUUCAAGCAACAUCCCUAAUUUUGCCAAAACAGUGAAGAAAAAGCGAAAGCAAAUCCAACAAAAAUCAAAAUGCCAAACCCUAAAAUCUCCGAACCCUCAAUCCACUAAACCUUCUUUCUUUUUAAUAGUUCUUUUGUCUCAAGCUCUUGUAUAUUGCCUUUUUGCUCAUGGCGGAGGAGGUCAGCGCCGGUAGCGGCGGAGGAUCAUCUUCGGGGAGAGGAGAGAUCAACGGCGUAGGAUUAGCUUCGAUGGACUCUUUAGAAUCUCGUUGGGUGUUCCAAGACGAAGACGACUCUGAGAUCGACGACGGGGAAGAUGACGGCGAUGAUGACGACGCGCCGCAUCGAGCUGGAGUAGACUCCGAAGACGAGGAUACUCCGGAGCAGCGCUUGAUUCGCACGGGACCACGCAUCGAUUCCUUCGACGUCGAAGCUCUCGAAGUCCCCGGCGCACAUAGAAGUGAAUACGAGGACUUUGGUAUAGGAAGGAGAAUAAUACUUGCCUUUCAGACACUUGGAGUUGUAUUUGGUGAUGUUGGAACAAGUCCAUUAUAUACCUUCAGUGUGAUGUUUAGCAAGGCACCUAUCAUUGGAAAUGAUGAUGUUAUUGGAGCAUUAUCACUAGUUCUAUACACCCUAAUCUUGAUCCCCCUACUCAAAUAUGUCCUUGUCGUUCUUUUGGCAAAUGAUGAUGGUGAAGGUGGUACUUUUGCAUUGUACUCAUUGAUUUGCCGACAUGCUAAGGUCAGUCUUCUCCCAAAUCAGCUUCCAUCAGAUGCCCGCAUAUCAAGCUUCAGGCUUAAGGUGCCAUCUCCUGAACUUGAGAGAUCACUUAAAAUAAAGGAGAGACUAGAGACUUCGUUGACUCUGAAGAAACUUCUUCUGAUGUUAGUGCUUGCUGGCACUUCUAUGGUGAUAGCUGAUGGGGUUGUUACACCGGCAAUGUCAGUAAUGUCAGCUGUUGGUGGUCUGAAGGUGGGAGUUGCUGCAAUUGAACAAAGUCAAGUGCGGAUGAUAUCAGUUGCCUUUCUUGUAAUUUUGUUCAGCGUACAGAAGUUUGGAACAAGUAAAGUGGGACUUGCUGUUGGCCCUGCUUUGUUCAUAUGGUUUUGUUCUCUAGCUGGCAUUGGAAUUUACAAUCUUGUUAAGUAUGACACCAGUGUCUUGAGGGCAUUUAAUCCUGUUCACAUCUAUUUAUACUUCAAGAGGAACUCAGUUAGCGCUUGGUAUGCGCUUGGAGGUUGUCUCUUAUGUGCAACAGGGUCUGAGGCAAUGUUUGCAGAUCUUUGCUAUUUUUCUGUGCGAUCAGUUCAGCUUACGUUUGUGUUUCUCGUAUUGCCUUGUCUGUUGUUGGGUUAUCUGGGUCAAGCAGCCUACCUUAUUGGAAAUCAUAAUGGUGCUGAGCAGGCUUUCUUUUCUUCAAUUCCAAGUGGUGUGUUUUGGCCAAUCUUACUCAUAGCUAAUAUUGCUGCUUUAAUUGCCAGCCGAGCAAUGACAACAGCAACGUUUUCAUGCAUAAAGCAAUCAAUUGCUCUUGGUUGUUUCCCUCGUCUUAAAAUCAUUCAUACAUCUAGAAAAUUCAUGGGUCAGAUCUAUAUCCCUGUCAUAAACUGGUUUUUGCUGGUAGUUUGCUUGAUCGUUGUGUGCUCUAUCUCAAGCAUUAAUGAGAUUGGAAAUGCAUAUGGUAUAGCAGAGCUGGGAGUCAUGAUGAUGACCACAAUUUUAGUCACCAUUGUCAUGCUUCUCAUAUGGCAGAUAAACAUCAUAAUUGUGCUUUGUUUUGUGAUCUUUUUCCUGGGUUUGGAAUUGACUUUUUUCUCCUCAGUUUUAUGGAGUGUGACAGAUGGAAGUUGGAUAAUAUUGGUUUUUGCUGUCAUAAUGUUUCUUAUUAUGUUUAUCUGGAAUUAUGGUAGCAAGCUUAAGUAUGAAACUGAAGUGAAGCAAAAGUUGUCAAUGGAUUUGAUGCGAGAAUUGGGCUGCAAUCUUGGGACAAUCAGAGCUCCUGGCAUUGGUUUGCUUUAUAAUGAGCUGGUGAAAGGUGUACCAGCAAUAUUUGGCCAUUUUCUAACCACACUCCCUGCUAUCCACUCCAUGAUCAUCUUUGUAUGCAUAAAGUAUGUCCCUGUUCCUGUGGUGCCUCAGAGUGAAAGAUUCCUUUUCAGGCGAGUCUGCCCCAAAAGUUACCAUAUCUUUCGCUGUAUUGCCAGGUAUGGUUACAAGGACGUCCGCAAGGAAAAUCACCAGACAUUUGAGCAGCUGCUGAUUGAGAGUCUUGAGAAGUUCAUUCGUCGGGAAGCUCAGGAAAGGCAAUUGGAAAGUGAUGGCGAUGAAGAGACCAAUUCUGAGGAGGAUACCUCUUUCUCAAGAGUUCUCAUAGCUCCUAAUGGAAGUGUUUACUCACUUGGUGUACCUCUGCUGGCUGAGUUCAGGGGCUCUAGUAAUACCAUUUCAGAAGGAAGCACCUCAGAGAAGGUGAAGGCAGAUUCCCCUACAGAUCCAUCAAUAUCUGAUGCCGAACAUAGUCUAGAAAGAGAGCUAUCAUUUAUACGCAAGGCUAAGGAAUCUGGAGUUGUUUAUCUUCUCGGUCAUGGAGAUAUUAGGGCAAGAAAGGAUUCUUGGUUUAUUAAGAAACUAGUUAUAAACUACUUGUAUGCCUUCUUGAGAAAGAAUUGCAGGAGGGGUAUUGCAAAUUUGAGCGUGCCCCAUUCGCAGCUCAUGCAGGUCGGCAUGACUUACAUGGUUUGAUGGUCAAUUUUCCAACCAAAAUAAGGGACAUAAUUUUUUAUCACUUUGAAAAGGGCGGCUUGACAAAGGCGGUUAGCUUGCUCAGAUCGAAGUCGCAUCAACUCAACCAUGCUUUCACCUUUCUCUUGAUCGAUGCUGGCCGUUUGAAUCUGAGGAUACUUUCGCUUUGUUAACUAGGUGGGAAGUUUUGUAAUGUGGUCGAGUUGCCUUUUCCUGUAUUGGUUUUUUCACUGUUACAGCACGGUGCAUAUCAAAUCCAACUCUUGUUGUAAUUAUGAUGUUGAAGGAGGUGUGUAUGUGAUUUAUUGCACUUCAUACAACAAUUCCACUUCAAAAUAUUUUUUUGUUAAUUAAUAAUAAUCUGACAAACUGGA